UAUAUGUAUAUCAACCUGGCCGGUGCGUGCCGGCGGAUUAUGUAAAGUGGCACACACCAGAGAUCCCCAAUCUCGGAGAUCCAAGAGCGGCGAAAAAACAAAACAAAAUAAAAAGAAAAGAAAAGAAAGUUGGCCGAAAGCAAAGAAAAUCGAAAAGGAAACCAGAGUCAAGAAUCGAGACAAAUAGAGAGAGAGAGAGAGAGAGACAAGGAGAGAAAUAUUUUUGUCGCACGCGCGCGAAUUCAGUAAAUGUAUCUAAUUUAUUUUGCAUCUAUUGCAAUUGAGAGGCGACCGGACCGCCCCAUGCAUCCGACAGAUACGCUUUCGUAAUUGUCGUCAGUGGUUCGAGUGUAGUGUAUCUUUGGUUCGCUCGUCGCGCGUUCUACAGCAGCAGAGAGACCAGUGUGUGUGUGUGUGUGUGUGUGGCAGAUUGGAUUACCAGCAAAAGGAAGCCCACUGAAGAUAAACGAAAUAAAUUAUACAGAUUAUACAGAAAUUAUCCAAACAAAAUCUGAUAGAGUUCUGAUUGCUUCGAUCGCUUGCCAAAAACGAACGUAAUGUCUUCCUAUCGCAGUUAUGCACCCUGGAAGUCCAGCCUGGGCAGCUCCUACAAAACAGGCAGCUCUUCGUAUGGAGCUGGAGGAGACUCCACAUCGCGCUACAGCUCCCUGGCCACGCCCAGCGCCUACAGACCAUCAUUCUCGGGCGGCACAUACCGCCUCAAGCGAGAUCCACCCACAACAAUAGCCCCAGCGCCCGUCACCAGCUACGUGAGUCGCUAUGCCAAGACAGAGCCCAAGGAGACGGCCGCCAGUGAGCGGAGCAGUCCCAUCAAGCGGUACACGGGAGCGGGAGCGAGCAGCAGCACGCUGGGAAAGUACGGCAGAUCCAGAGAUCCCAGUCCAGUGGCCCUGGAGCACACGAACCGCGGCAAGUCGAGGGAUCCGAGUCCAGUCAUUGACAGCGGGAGGAGCAAACUGGGAGCCAGCUAUCGCAGUGGCAACACCUCGACCUCCUCCUCGUCGUCAGGUGCCAGGAACGGGUACGGCAGUCGCUUCGGCGCCGCCGCAUCAAGGAUCAGCAAUGGGAGCAGCAAUGGCAGUGCCAUCUCCUACCUGACCACCAGCGACUUUCAUGCGCGCACGGCCAGUCGGGCCAGGGCCAGCAGGGAGAAGGAGCAGGAGGUUCCCGUCCCCACAAGUCCCCCAGAGAAGCCACGUGAGGAGCAGCAGAAGGGCAAGCAGGCAAGCCCACAGAAGGAGCAGGAACAGGAGAAGGUGCAACAGGACCCACCGUCCGAGGAAACCUUCGUCUCAGUGGCGGUGGUGACGCGUGCCACAUCGCCCACGCCGCCGGGCAGCACCACCGUUCAGCGCACGCGCCGCAUCGACAUUGCCAAGACGAUCGAGAAGAGCAUCCAGCGGUCCACGAAGCCCCGCCAGAUGCUGGAGAAGGAGACCCAGUCGGACAGGAUGGACGAUUCCACGCGAUAUCUGCGCUACAGCGGCGGCGGCAGCAGCAGCCUCAGCUCCACCUAUAGCCCGCACAGGGACCGGAUCAGCAGCCUCCGGUACAGUGCCAGUCCGCUGUCCAGCAAGUCCGCCUCCCCCUCUGUGGAGGGGAAGUCAUCGGCGUCAGCGGCGUCAUCAGCGUCGCCGGCAGAGGUGCCCAGUCCAGCGUCGAAGAGUAACGGCGCUUUGAGUAAUGGCAGCUCCGCCAAAUCCUCCGCCUCCGCCAGCAAAUCAAAGCUCUCCCCGCCCAAGGCCGUACGGCUGAAUGCCUCACGCCAGUCCUCGGUGGAGAAUCUGGCCAACAAGCCACCGGCAGCGCCCACCAAAAGUGAAUCACCCACCAAGACCUGCUCCAGCUCCAGUUCGGGCAGCUCUGCCGUCAAGUGGCCCAACAAGGACUUCCGCAAGAGCUCCCUGAAUGUGGGACCCACGGACAGGCCGCGCAAAUCGCGCACGCCCAGUGGCGGGGAGUCCGAGGACGUGGGGACCAAUGGAGCAGGCUCCGGCUCUGGCCAACUGGAGCGCUCGCCCAGUGCGGGCUCGGAGGGUAGUCUGGCCUCGGCCGGCUCCGGAAAGAAGAGCUCCAAGCUGAGCAAUGGCAAGACCUCCUCCUCCUCAGCGGGCAGCCGUCAGGGCACAUCCUCAUCCUCUGCGGCCACCUCCUCCACCUGCACCUCCGCCUCGGACAGCGAGCAGCGAGGGGUCAAGACCGUUAAAAAGCAGAGCAAAAAGAAGACGCCCAAAGAAGGCAAGGUCGUUGCCGGCCACGCCGGCCAAUUGUUGGCCAACCAAAAUAGCCGCAAAUCGAAUACGCCAGCCGCCAACGCAGCACCUGAGUCACCUUCACCAGAGAGCCACAAUGCCGAUGCCGAUGCCGAUCCCGAUCCGAAUGAGAGUCCGGUGGCAGCAGCCCCACCAUCGAACCGAUCGCCACAGUCGCGACGUCUGCAGAAGCUCUCGUCGGUGUCGAAUUUUUUCGCGAACCGUCAGCAAGACGCAAAUAGUGAACCGAUCUUCCUCGAAAGCUCGGAGAGCUCUGGGGAGCCGGACGCCGCCCCACCAUCGAUCAGUCUGGCCACAGAUCUUAACACGAACGAACCGCGAACGAAAUCGACGCCCAAAACGACGCCCACGAGCGAAGCGAAUACCUCGACGAGAUCCCCACUGAGUCCCCCCAGUUCGAGUACCCGCUGUCCAGCCACCACCAGGAUCAGCACUGCCCACACCCCAACGACGAUCAGCAGCAGCAGCACCACCACCACGCAGGACACUAGCCUGAGCACCACCUCGGAGCAGGACCCGAGUCAGGAGGAACCCAGCUGGUGGCAGGACACCAGUCUACAGAUAAACACAGCCUCCGCUUUGGAUCAGAACAAUCCGAACGGCGAGAUGCCUCCGUACAGGCUGCGACACAUUGAUUCCGGGGAGGAGCAGGCCUGGUGGCUGCGCCGCAGCGAGGCGGAUGAUGAGGGGGAUGAUGAUACGCUGGCUGAGGAGACACUCAAUACCCUGGACGAUGAUCCCAGUCACUGGAGCAGCCAGGACCAAGAGCUGGAGACGCACUCCAAGGUCAAGCAGAUGCCCAGGAGCCGCAUCUCACCGGAGCAGGAUGCCUGGUGGCUGGAGGAGGAGCAGGAGCAGGAGCAGGAGCAGCCCCCGUCCCAGACUCAGAACAACAACAACAACAACAAUAACGAGACGCAUGUGGAGGUGACCUUGAAACUACCGAGCGGCUCCAGGAGCAGCAACUCAAAAAGCCACAGCGACGACGGCCCCAAGCACUGGUGGAUGUCGGGACCCACCAAAAAGCUCUUCAACGUGCAACGCGUGGAGUCCGGCGAGCGGGCCUGGUGGCAGGACAACAACGAGAAGGAAAAGGAGAAGGAGAAAGAGAUGGAGCCACCGCCAGUGAAGCCACCCACACCCCCGCCCCGCAUCAUCAAGCACUGGGAGUCGGGCGAGCGGGCCUGGUGGCUGCAGGAUGAGCCAGAGGCAGCGCAGUCAGCAGCAGCAGUUGCAGUCGCUGCCAACGCCAGCAGCGACGAGGAGGAGGAAGAGGAGCAGCAGCAGCAGCAGCACCUGGGCAGAGAUGAGACCGAUCUAAGGCGCAGGAAUCCGCAGCAGCAGCAACUGGAGACGCCACACGAGCUGAGCAGCUCCUUCCACUUUGCCUUCACCGAACGCCCACCGCCGCUGGGACAGUGCGCCAGUCCCGUGCCGACAGAGCAGCGACCGCGCUGUCCCUCGCCCUACGACAACAUUCCAAUGGGAAGAGCCCCAAUGCCGGCAGCGCAGUCAGCGCCACCGACGUCGCUGCAGCCGCGCUUCUCCCCACAGAUGAGGCGGCCAGGUGAGAAGCUAUUCAUCUCGCGGCAUCAGAACAUCGAUGAGCUUUUGGGUGGCGCUUGCCGGCCGCUCAGUCCGCUCUUCUACAACAACAGCAGCAGCGAUGCGGGGCCGGAAAGCGGCACGAAUAUGUUUCUGCUGGAGGAGAGCUCCUCUCUGGCCAACAAGAAUAUGUUCCUCUUGGAGGAGAUCACGCCGGAUCAGGUGCGCAUCCACGACAGCACCGCCCAGAGGCCGGUCAUCCAACGCAUGCAAAGAGACGUGGAGUGGUUGGAGAACGGCAGCAGCUUUUACGAGCCACCAAAGCAGCACCAGCAGCAGCAACAACAGCGUAGGGUAAGUGGUUCACCACCCUCUCUCACUCCCACCCCACUCUUGAUUUCAAAGCAGACUGCAGGCUUCUUGGCAGCCUGCCCGGCGUCGCGUCUUGUUGCGAUAUCUAUCGUGACGCCUACGCUUGUGUUUAUUUAUACAAAUACCCUUACUCACUUCUCUUGAUAUAUAAUGAGCAUA